AAAAGAAGGUGUAAGAAGAUUGCUGCAGCAGAGGAGGCAACAUGAAACUAUAAUCACAUCACACACAUAGCCAAGAAACUAUAAUCAGAUCACACACAUACCCAGUCUACAUUACCAGAAACAUAAUCAUUACUACUUGUAUUAUUUUCACUAUUCAACAGAGAAGUCUAAAACUCCAGCUUUGUAAUUCGGCACACUGUGUUCCCAUGAUGUCAUACCUGUGGAUUCUCCUGCUGGGCAGUUUGGUGAUUGGAGCCAAGACACAGGAAGACCCUGCUACAGAGCCAGAAGCGAAGGAACCAGAGGCAGAAGCAGCAGAGCCCGAGGCCCCUGCAGAAGAAGUAGCUUCCGAGGAGGCCCUGGUACCUGAGGAGGCUCCGGCAGAAGAAGAAGCUCCGGCAGAAGAAGAGGAGGAGGCUGCAGAGGAGGAGGAAGUUCCAGCCACAGAGGAAAAGGCUCCGACAGUUGACGAUACUCUGUCAGAAGAAGACGCUCUUGCAGAAGAGGCUCCAGCCACAGAGGAAGAGGAGGCUCCGGCCACAGAGGAAGAGGACGCAGAAGUAGUAGACGAACCAGCAGUAAAAUCAGAGGCAGCCCCUGAAGCUGAGGCUGAACCAGAUGAACUAGAUCUGUCUGAAGCUUUUGAACCAGAGGCGGAGCCUGAAACACCAGCAGAGAGCGAGCCCACGGAGGAGAAGACAGGGGGAGAUUUGGAUCUGGAGGACGCUGUAGCUGAGAAUGAGGAAGACACACCCGCGGGAGGGAAGAGGCGCAGCGGGGGCUCAGUUGCCCAUGCAGCAGAAGCAGAAGGCACAGCUGAAACUCAAGGGUCUAGCUCUGGCUCGGUGGUGGGCAUUCUGUGUGCUAUCGGCGUGGCGAUCGUUGGAGCUGCCACCGGAUACUUCACCUAUCACAAGAAGAAGCUCUGUUUCAAGAACAGUGGAGGGGAUGUAGAGAGUGCCCGUAAGGAGGAGGCUGAGACCCAGUCGAAUCCCCAGGUUCUCAGCAACUUGCUGACUAAAUCCUCCUAGAUCGUCUGAGAUUCCAAUGGAGAAGAACCAGAACCAGCAGUUUACCAUAACACACACGCACACACUCAUACACAGAUCCAUCCCAAUCUUUAGGCCUUAAACUGAUUAUAGUUGUAAAACUGUGAGAUGGUUUGGAGGUGAUUAACUUUCAGCACCACGUUAGAGUGAGACCAAUCAGUAGUAUCUCAGUGUCUUCUAAAGAUCACAUUUGUAAUCCGUUAAAAAAGGGGUGAUAUUUUCCAUCCACUUAACAGCACCGAGACAAUGUAGGCCUAUUUCUCUGUAUACAAGUACUGGGAAGUUCACCUGGGUUCCUCUGUCAUUUUAGCUAACAUUCCACUCCUUGCCACUCCUGUUAUUUGCCAAAGAGACUGGCUUAUCGACGUUCCUAAAGUUCAAAAUGCAAACCCGGAUUUACAAUUACAUUGUGAUUGGAGGAUAACUGUGACGGUUAUCGAAUCAGGAUCAAAUCCUCUGAUCUUCUCAAGCUCAUAAUGAUAGAAUGUUCAUAUUUGAAGAUUGGCGAAAGACAAUGAAUACAAGGAGUGGCAUGUAAUUGGCUGAACAGCAACCAGGCUACAGUUCCCAGAUUAUUUAGGAUAAAAUGGACCCUCCUUUAUUUGAAAUGUUACCGUUGUUUGGUUCUUUACAAUGAUUGAGGGUUUGAUUUAAUCCGUAUUGCUGAAGAUCCAUGAUAUAAUGCUGAUCUUCAGUGCUACAGAUUGAAUCAAGCCCUUACUGUGUGUGCUGUAGCCAACUCUUCUAGCCUGGUUUCAUACUGUAGCCAACUCUUCUAGCCUGGUUUCAUACUGUAGCCAACUCUUCUAGCCUGGUUUCAUACUGUAGCCAACUCUUCUAGCCUGGUUUCAUACUGUAGCCAACUCUUACAUUUUAGUCAGUUAGCAGAUGCUCUUACCUAGGGUAACUUACAGGAGCAAUUAGGGUUAUGUGCCUUGCUCAAAGACACAUUGAGAGACUUUUCACCUAGUCAGCUCACCACAAGUCAGGAAUUUGAACCAGAGACCAAUCAGUUACUGGCCCAAUGCUUCUAACCGCUAGGCUACCUGCCACCUCUGGCUACCAUUCUUCUAGUCUGGUUUCAUACUGUAUGUGCUGUAGUCCACUCUUCUAGCCUUCUCCCAUAAUUAAUGUAGCCAACUUCUCUAUCAUUGUCAAGCCAUACAUGUUUUGUGUGACAAUGAAGGAACUCAGAGAGGAGUUGGCCAAAGCACCAAAAGACUGGAACACCAGGCUAGUGGUGUUGUUCUGUGAAAGCGGGUUAGAGGAAGCUAUGUGAGAGCUGGUACAAGGACCGAAGAUAUCACCCCUGUUGUGUGUUUGCUGGGUAUUUGAGGGGCUUGGGGACCUUGUCUAAAAUACAACAACGUAUGAGAACAUUUAGCUCUAUUGAAAUGUUCAAAUAGUAUGUGUUACAAUAUAAUACUGUACUGCUCUGUAAGCGCCUUACAUUAGAUGUUUCACCUGGGAAGCCUUUUUAUGAUUCUAUCUCACUACUAAGGCCAGUCUGAAAUGGCUCCCUACUCCCGCUAUAGUGGAAUACUUUUGAAGCCCUGCUAUAAAGGGAUAGGAGGCCAUUUCAGACACAGCUCUAGACUCAGGCACGGGUCUCCAACUGCCCACCCAGCAGCCUUCCAGGACCAGAGUUGGAGAACCCAGUGCCUGCUUAACGCCACAGGGUUCACCCAAACAGUACUGUGCUGGCCAGCAUAUUUUCUUUUCACAUUAUUCUUUCCAACAUGGGUCCAGCAACUAUGGGAGAUGUGUAACUGGGCAAGCCAAGUACAGCUUGGUUUGGCGUAGUAGUGUGAAAAGGGUAUACGACUGUAUGCAGUAUAACCCUGGGCAGGAGUCAGCCUGGGAGGAGCUCACCACUGAACACACAGUAAGAAUGUUCCAGUUCACAGUGAAAGACUGUGAGACUCUUGGAGAAGCAAUUUCUGACUAGCCUGGUCUCAUGAUCUGUGUGUGCUUUAGCCAACUAACUCCUCUGAAUAUCAUUGUCUUGACAAUACUUCUUUUGGAGAAUAACUUUCCUCUCCAAAAGAGUUUUAUGGUAAGUGUAAUGAUGAUAUGGUGGUACACAGAGUACUCCACUCUUAUAUUUAAUGAAUCUGUCUUUGUUAUCGUGUGUUUGAGAAUUGUGUGAUUUUAAUCCGUUAGCACAUAUUUCUUUUUGAAUUGUGUAAAUAAUGCUGGAGAUAGAAAUAAAGAAGCUGUUCAGGGGGAA